AUGGGUAUAUUCGACAAGUUCUUUGGGGUUAUUGACCCAAAAACGUUUGCACCCUUCCUUGCGGGAUUCUAUGCUGUCGUUGGGUUCGUCUUCAUGAUCCUCUCCUUUGGACGCUGGAUUAUGCCACAUGCUGAGAAUGAUCUAUCGAUUCCAUGGGGCGUUAUCUGCAUUCUGUUGUUGUUCACCGGUGUCUACGGUGUCUGGGCUACCACCAAGGGAAGCACAUGGCACCUCCGCCAAUUCGUCUCAGCAUGCUGGGGCUUCUUUCUUAUGCUCCUCUGCUGGGGAAUUGUCUACAUCGCCGUCGAGAUGCACCAAGAGGAAAAAGUCAAUGCCGGCUGCCUCAAACUCAACGCCCCAGAAUGGUCUCUCGAGGAAUGUGAUGAACGCCGCAAGACAGCCGCGAUCACUGCGAUUGUCAUGGUCACGCUCGGGUUGCUCUUUGGCUUUUAUUUCACGUUGGUGUUGAGCAGGUGGGUGGGCUCGAUCGAGUGGGCGGAGCAUUUGGUUGAGGAGAAACGGUUGGCGGAUUGGAGGGCUGGUAAGGCCGAGAACCCACAUAUUAAGGAGCAUUUCGUUGUGGAUAGACGUCCUUCUGAGGAGAGUUCUUGA